AAAGAGCUAGAUGGCAUGAGUGAUGAUAAGCCAAUUCACCUUGAGGGAAUAUCCCGGGAGGCUUUAGAAUUGUUUCUCGAGCAUACCUUUGGAAGGAUGCGUACUGGCUCAUACACAGUUGAUGAACUCACAAAAUUCCUCCACUUCUGCGACAUGUACCAAUGUCACCAUGCGCGAGAGUUCGUUGUUUCCCGCGUGUUUUCAGCACGUUUCCGCUUCCAUCCGGCUCAAUUGAUCAACAUUGCUAUCAAAUACCAUGUUUGUUCUGUAUUUCCCUUCGCUUUUAAGCAACUCGCAGAAACUCCCAUUACCGAGAUCACCCAUGCACACCGGGAGCUGAUGGGAAACGAUGUUUUUCUAAACGUGGUUUAUGUUCAAGCUGCGCUUGAUCAUCACCGUCGAAUUGUAGCUGCGGAGGAGCCGAAGAUAUUAAUGCAUUCGAACGAAUGUCACAAUCCAACUGGUUGUAACGAGGACUGGCACGCUAUAUGGUGGAAUGGUAUGGGCCGUUUUCUUCUCGAUGGCAGGAAU